AUGGACACCACUUUGGAAGAAUACAUGACUGUCUAUGCGACGGCAAGCGGGUUCAAACGGCCGCACCCACAACGCCGCCACCGCUACAAGGGUGCCCGUCUCAUUAUCAACGACGAAAUGCGCAGGGUAAAUUCCCUCCCCGCAGCGACGCGUCCGUCCACGACGUACAUGUCCAUUGCCGCCCCUCCCUCUCUGCGUCCUCCUCGUAAAUACUGCGAUAUCACUGGCCUCCCAGCACACUACACCGCUCCACAUAAUCAAAUCCGAUACUUUGACAGUGAAUGCUACCAGCUCGUGAAAAACAUGCCACCAGGUGUCGAUCAGCAGUACUUAUCCCUUAGGGGUGCUAACGUUAUACUUAAAUAG